AUGGAGAUUAUGAGAUCGGCAGCAGUCACCUUGGGCAACGCCACCAGCAGCCGUUGCUCAGAGUGCGAAAGUCGAAUGACGGAAAUCACACGAUUGCAAAACGAAGUUAACAACAGUAAAGAUGAGAUCAGAAGACUUCUUGACGAUAUCGGUGACCUGGCUGGAAGAAUCGAUGAAUCGGAAGCUAUCGCUGAGGAGAAGGAAGAGACCAUCAAGAGUUUGCAGCUGUCGCUGAAGAUGGAACAAGAGGCUCGAGCUACUCUCGACACGGAUUUUCGAACAAAGGCCGAUGAAUGCCUCAGUCUGCUCAACAGCCUAGAAAUGCUUUCGAUGAGCUCGAAGGAGAAAAAUGAAGAGCACCGAUUAGCAAUGGAAAAAUUACGAUCAGAACUCAAUGAGAACAACGAUGAGCUCAAGAAAAGUCAUGAAACGAUAUCCCAACUAACCGCAGCUCGAUUGGCUGCAGAAGAAAUCAGCGCCAGCCUCCAAGAAACGGUCUCGUCGUUAUCCGAUCAACUAAAACAA